GGCACGUCGCACACGAAACCCGUGGGGGGCCGCGGGAAGGUUCGGAAGGCAUGUCGCACCCACGACACGGCUGCCCCUGGGCCACCCCGUAGCUUGGCUUGCCGACGGCAGACGGACUGGUCAGAUCAGUGGCCAGAGAGGCAAAUCCACGGCCACUUUGACUCUUUGACUGAUGUUGUCGGGGGCAGUUUGAAUGUAAACAUUCGGUCGUCCGGACGUAUCUUGAGCUUGCCUUCAUCGAUCCCAUGGUGAGCCUGACAGGGUCCAGGUCGGACUGCAGGGUGUUAAUUACCUGCGUUGGCGCACGAAGUGCGCCUCAUGACCGCAUGUGCACGAGAGCCCCCACAUCUAGGCCAUGAGCGCUUCCGAGUCUGGAAUCGACUGAUAAGAGUGGAGAUGGAUGUCAAGGUCCUGCUGAGAGCUCCGGUUCCUUUGUGCCCCCCAAGUUUCGGGGAACGAGCGCUGACUUGUCUCAGCCUCCCCUCCCCCGCCGCCUCCACCUCAUCGCCCGCAGACGACGCGCCUCAGCUCGAAACACUGUUCUGAUUUCUCGCAUCGGCGCUGGAACCCCGUGGCGGCCCCGCCUUUGGGGCGCUCCGCGCGCCAGGGAGGGGGGUCCCGGCGCCGAUCCGAGAAACCCGCGCGGAGUUCCAGAAGUUUAUGUCGAUGCCGUUUUUCCUCCCUCUAUCAAUCGCGGGCGCGCAGCUCGUCGUUCCUGCGUUCCCCUCUGCCCUCUCCUUUCUGCGUGGCCCGGGCGCGGCCCUGCACGGCGCUCCCGCGGACCAGGCGACCCUCGGCGAGUUCGGCGCAGAUCGGACGUCGGUGGUGGGCUUCAAGGAGAUCCGGCACACCUCGGGGAGGCAGCGCACCUUCUGGAAGAAGGUCUUCCCCUGCGCCCGCUUCAUCGUCAACACGCGCCGGAACACCACGAGGCAGCACAACUCGCAAUUCCAGAAGUUCCUGUCCCUGAGCAGUCUCGAGGCCUACACGAGCGACCUCGAGCUGUGGCAGGCACGCCACCCAGAGUACGUGCACAAGCUGCAGCUCGAGAGUUACUCCGUCGGCGGGUUCAACCAGCUCCUGAGCAGCCUCGGGGUCUCCGGCUGCAACUUCACCGACAUGGCCUGGGCGAACAAGCGGGGCGACUGGCGGGGCGACGACACCCACGCGCGGAUCAGCGGCAACUGUCAGAUAAGCCGCUGGGAUACAACCGGGAUGGAUGUGCUUGGUCCUCAAGACUUGAAUGCGACGGUGUUGUGAGUUCGUCCCUGCUUGCUUGCACAGCCAUGGGGCGACCGUACUUGGCGCGUUGCAGAAAUGCUUGGCUUCUACAUGCGGGCUGGUUUGUGAUUAGAUCCAACAGCUCAGAUGCGUGUCGCAAUGGCAACAGAGUUGCAUGAUCUGCUCUUUCAUAUAUGCAUCGAUGCCUCGGCCGAGGGUGGCAACAGGAGACGC